UAGAGUCACCCCUUUCUGCAGUGAUGGCAUCUCAGGGCAUCCAAAUCUUGGGCGUUAUGCUUGCCAUAAUAGGCUGGUUGGGAACCAUCGUCACCUGUGGCCUGCCUAUGUGGAGGGUCACAGCCUUUGUCGGCGCAAACAUAGUCACGGCACAAAUCAUCUGGGAGGGUUUGUGGAUGAGCUGUGUUGUGCAGAGCACGGGACAGAUGCAGUGUAAGGUCUACGACUCCAUGCUGGCACUAUCACAGGACCUCCAGGCUUCACGAGCUAUGGCCAUCAUCUCCAUCAUUGUGGGUGUCUUUGGCUUCCUGAUGGCUGUGGUUGGCGGAAAAUGCACCAACUGUCUGGAGGACGAAGCAGCUAAAGCCAGAGCGUGCAUUGUCUCUGGGGUAAUUUUCAUCAUUGCUGGAUUUCUUAUAUUAGUGCCUGUUUGCUGGUCUGCGCAUUCGCUUAUUAGGGACUUCUACAACCCUUUAUUAAUUUCUGCCCAGCGGCGGGAGCUGGGAGCCUGUCUGUAUAUAGGCUGGGGAUCUGCAGGUCUUUUGUUGCUAGGUGGCGGACUUCUCUGCUGGAACUGCCCGUCCAAUGAAUACAGGCCCUACAUAGUAGGCAAAUACGCUCCUGCUAGAUCUCUGACCCCGGCGAUGGAUUAUGUGUAAAUUGUAAUAUGAUAAUAAUCUUUAUUGAUGUGGCAACUACUUGACAGAGCAAAAUAACUGCAGAUGAGGUUUUUGAGAUUUGUAAAAACAAGUAAAUUGUCAUAUCACCAUGAGUUUUUGGCACUUACUGUAAAUGCUUGGAAAAACUGAUGAUUAAGUUUUCAAAAUGGUUUACUAGCAAUAAAAACGUAUUGGCUCAAAUUAAAUGUGUGUUUAUUAAAUCAAAUGCAGUAUGGUAAAUCAGAACAUCCUAUAAUGUCACAUGCAGACAUUAACCCUAAAUUUAUAUAUUUUUAUUUUACACAUUCUCUCUGAGGUACACUCCUCUGCUUCACAGCUGCAGUUUUGUGUUCACUUCUUUUGUCCCCCAUACAAAGGAUAAGCAGUUAGCGUUGUCAUAGAGAAACCUCUGCACUCCAACCAAUGUACAAAAGUAAACAACCAAAGGCAUUAAUUACGAAGCACUGGUAACUUACAAAAAAGUAUAAUGUGAGCAUUCUUCCCUAGAAAAAUUUAACUAGAAACAUGAGAAUAACGUGUUUGCAUAUGACAAAUUAAGUGUAACUAUUUAUGUAAGAGCUUUCAUAAGGGUUAUAUUUCAACACUGACAAUGAAACCAACUCAUUUUCACUCGUCACAUAUUCAAAGUCUGUUAAUAACUUUUAGUUAUAUUAUAAUUUGUAACUGAAAUAAACUGCAGUUAAGAUGACUAUUAAAAUACCAAAAAGA